GAGGUGAAAAGGGCGAAAGGCAGCUCUGUGGGUUUGACAGCAAGGCAAAGGGGCUUUGCUUUACAAGGGGGGAAAAAAAGAGAAAAAGAAAAACAAAGGUGAAGCCUCUUACCAGCGAUGCAGGGAGAUAGAUGCUACACUGGAAGACCACAAGUUUUAACUCGACGAGCUGCUUGACUGGGGGGAAUAAAGACCAGGCUGAACGUCGACAGAUGGACUCAGUUUGGUCUCAGCCGAUUUGUUGUUGUUAGCCGCUGAUGCUAACUGGAGAAGUUGGAGCUAGCUGGCCCUGCAGCCGGAUGGUGAGCGCCAGAGACACUAAACCGGUUAGUUAUGGUGAACUUUACCCUGUCCUAAACCACCCGGUGAGCAAACCAGGUGCUGUUUUAGCUCAUGGAGACAACUAACUUUGACGAGAGGAGUUUGAGAACUGUAGCUUUAGCUGAGCCGCCGAAGUGCCGACCCCGUCCCUGAGAAACAAAUGUCUGGAAGAAUGAGCAGGAAACACCACAUGAAAGGAGCCGAGGUCAGCUGCUGCGUGAAAUACUUCUUAUUUGGGUUCAACAUUAUCUUCUGGUUGCUAGGAGCAGCAUUCUUGAGUAUAGGCCUGUGGGCAUGGGCGGAGAAGGGCGUGCUGUCAAAUCUGUCCUCCAUCACAGAUCUUGGAGGCUUCGACCCCGUGUGGCUCUUCAUCGUCGUGGGAGGGGUGAUGUUCAUCCUGGGCUUCGCCGGCUGUAUUGGAGCGCUCAGAGAGAACACUCUCCUGCUUAAGUUUUUCUCCGUGUUCCUGGGUUUGAUCUUCUUCUUGGAGCUGGCUGCGGGGAUCCUCGCCUUCGUCUUCAAGGACUGGAUCAAAGACCAGCUGAACCUUUUCAUCAACAACAAUAUCAAGGCCUAUCGUGAUGACAUCGACUUGCAGAACCUCAUUGACUUUGCCCAGGAAUACUGGUCGUGCUGCGGAGCUCACGGGCCCGACGACUGGAACCAGAACAUCUACUUCAACUGCACUGACAAGAAUACGAGCAGAGAGAAAUGUGGAGUACCCUUCUCCUGCUGCGUGAAAGAUCCUGCUGAGGAUGUCAUCAACACGCAGUGUGGUUAUGAUGUUCGUGAUGUUCGGCUUCAAGGGGAACUGGACCGGCAGAAAUAUAUCUACACCAAAGGCUGCGUGGGACAGUUUGAGAAGUGGCUUCAAGACAACCUGAUUAUCGUAGCGGGGGUUUUCGUUGGUAUUGCACUUUUACAGAUAUUUGGCAUCUGCCUCGCUCAGAACCUUGUGAGUGAUGUCAAAGCCAUUAAAGCCAACUGGUGACGGGGGAGGUGAGGUGGAGCGGCCCGCUCCAUAUCCAGGUCAACAGCAUACAGAACAGUCCCAACCAGCUGAGCACGGAGAGCCGACUCUGUGGAGUCGAUCAACCAAGUGAAGCAGCGCGUACACGCUGUCGUUUUCGACCCCGCUCGUCAGUGACUCUUGAAAAGGAAGGUGGGAUUUGUUCCACACUAACCAAACGGCUUGGAUGAGAACCCAAAUACUACAGAGGACAGUCCGGCCUGCUUCAGAGCCGGUUCUUUUUUAUUAUUUUAUUCUGAUUUUGUACUUUGGACAAUUGUAUUUAUGCCAGUUGCACAAGGACUCCUGUCAGCCUGGAAGUCAUGGAUGAAAGUAAGAGAUGACAAAAAAAUGGAAAAAGUGACGGCAAGUUUCCUGUCGUAGGUCAAGCAUCACAGAUUGUGUUUUUUAUUGUGAAUUCACCCCCACAUCCUGCUUCAGAGGAUAGAGGGUGAUAAACACAUAGUUUCCCCUGUGUGUCGUUUAUUCUUUCCACCAUGACUUAGAGCUGCUCUAAA